AAGAAGGAUGAGAUAUAUGGUGGCAGGUUAUUAGCGAGUUUGCAGUUGUUUGUUAGAAAUGAUGCGGAUGAGUUUAGUGCGGUUUUUAAGCGUGGAUCGAAUCCGAAGAUAUUGAUCACCACUUGCCGAUUUAACUCUUCUAGGGGUCCUGCUUUUAUAGAGGAACUACUUUCGGUGAUCCCAAAUGCGCAGUACUAUAAAAGAGGCACUUAUGACUUGAAAAAGAUUAUAGAGUAUGCAAAUAAAAAGGAAUUCACUUCUUUAAUUGUUGUUCAUACCAAUCGCUGGGAACCAGAUGCUCUCCUAAUUAUUGGCUUACCUAAUGGACAUACUACCCAUUUUAAGCUCUCAAAGCUUGUUUUACGGAAGGAUAUCAAGGGUGUGUUAACUGUCAUUUUCUUUCCUUAUUCUUUAUUUGGCAUGCCUGCAGAAUCAUGGAAAUCCAACCAGUCAUGA